AAAAAAAGUCCCUCUUACCUCCUCUCCAGCUCCCACCAGCUGGCUUUUGUUUUCGCAAAACAGUAUAACACAUCCGUGGUUACUCUUCUGCGACGUUUUAUUACGCAUUUAUGACACAUCCUGAAUAAGGGAAUAAGGAGAUAACGGUGAACUUUGGAGGUGUUCCAUAAACCAGGUUUGCACCAGGAUGUUUCCCUCCUGACGGCGACUACAACAGAGAGGAUGAUCUCACCUGAAUGCUACAUUUAGCCCGUCUGCUCUGCAUUCGUGAAGCCCUCGACAGCCGCGUGUGAAAGAAGGCUAACACAGACCAACGAUGUUCAGAUCAUCUGAGGCGAGCAGACGACGUGCUAAUAGCCAGGCACUGGGCCGCGUCAGAGCGGUGGAGGUAGCUCGAGGGAGGACAGGUUACGGUUUCACUCUCUCUGGUCACUCACCCUGUGUGCUGAGCUGUGUCCUGAAAGGCAGUCCGGCCGACUAUGUCGGCCUGCGUGCUGGAGACCAGAUCCUUGCCGUGAAUGACAUCAAUGUGGCGAAAGCAUCCCAUGAGGAUGUAGUCAAGCUGAUUGGACGCUGCUCGGGCGUGUUACACCUGCUCAUCGCUGAGAGCGGACAGCUGGACUCGUGCUCCAGUGACGAGGAGCUCGGAUUCCACGAGCACAAAAGCCACUGGCUCCGACCAAAGAUGGACUCCAAGACUUUGGGAAUAAACCGUGCUGAGCGUGUGGUGGCUGAGAUGCAGUCUGGAGGGAUAUUCAACAUGAUCUUUGAGAACUCCUCCAGCCACUCCUCCAGCAGCUCGGAGAAAGCGGCUGCAAAACGGAGACCUAUCUCUGAGCUGGACUUCCUGUGUGGAGACCUUGAGGCUCAGAGGAGCGAUGUGAACCUCCUGUCAGAACAGGAAAUGGCCAGAGUGCUGCGUGAUGACUCCGUGUUCGUGGAAGUAUUUGAACCCGAGCGGCAGGAAGCUGACUCAGCAGGCAUCCUUAAUGUCGGCAUGAUAGUGGGCUACUUGGGUUCCAUUGAGCUGGCAUCAAGCGGUGCCAACCUGGAGAGCGACAGUGUGCAGGCAAUACGUGGCUGCAUGCGCCGCCUGCGAGCUGAGCACAAGGUGCACUCACUGGUGCUGCUUGAAGUGCUUCAUGACCGCGUACUCCUACGCAACGACCGCAGAGCUGUCCUGGCUGCCUACCCGGCCGAGAAGCUGGCAUUCAGUGCCGUUUGCCCAGACGACCGCCGAUUCUUUGGCCUGGUCACUAUGCAGGCUGCUGAGGAUCAUGGCAUGAAUGCAAUUGCAGAUGAAGACCAAGGCUCAAGAACCUCCUGCCAUGUCUUCCUUGUUGAUCCUGAGCUCUGUCACCACAAGGUACAUCAAGGGAUCUCUCGGCGCUUCGGUUUUAACUGCACUCCUGAUCCGGACACUGGGGGCUGUUUGGAAUUCCCCCCAACAUCACAGCCACUGCUGCAGUUUGUAUCAGUGCUCUACCGUGACAUGGGCGAGUCCAUUGAAGGCGUACGAGCACGAGCGUUCCUCGAUGGUGAUCUGGACGCUCAGCAGAACAACAGCACCAGCAGCAAUAGCGACAGCGGAAUAGGCAACUUCCUGCCCGAAGAAAAAAACAACCGCGUCCUUUUGGUCGACCUCGGUGCCAAUCCUGCCCGCCAUGUACCCACGGGAUUAUGGGAAAGUGCACAGGGAUGUAGGAACCCUGGCGCUCAGGCUGGUCUCCCUUCUCCAUCUCCUCCUCCUCCUCCUCCUCCCUCUAUAAAUCAUCGUAACGGCUACAGGCAUGAGUUCUCUGAGCCACACCCACACUCCCACACAGACCCGCCCUCUCUGUCUAACAGACACCUGAGCUCCUCCUCCCGGCUGGAUGUAUCUGGACUUCCCGCCCGCCACCAUUUCCCCGCCCACUCUAAGAAGGGUGCAGGGGGCCAGCGCUGGCUCCCUGUCCAUGUCCUGAGAGAGUGGCAUCAGGGUCGCAGCAGCGAUCAGGAGUCCUAUAGCGAGUCCACAGACGGCUGGUCCAGCGCUAACUGCAGCACACUGCCGCCUCCCAUGAGUAAGAUCCCGGCUGAUCGGUACCGUGCGGCACGAGACAUCGCCUCCCAGCCCCAUCGGCUCCAUGCCCACAAGGACGAGUGGGCCAAGAAGCUGUUCGGGACAGAGAAACAAUUUUACGAGCAUCAACAGCUUCCACAGCAGCACAAUGGCAAGAGGGCUAAAGAGUCAGAGAAAAAGGGUGGAAGGUUCCGGGGCGUCACUGCGGGAUUUCCCCAACGCUCAUCUGGGAGAAGAUCGUUUGGCCGCUCCAAACGCCUCAGCGUGUCUCACUCACUGGAUGACCUGGAGUCGGCAGCUGUCUCUGAUGGCGAGCUGAACAGUGCAGAUCUGAAGGGCUGUGGCAGUGACAACAGCCUGAACAGCAAUGCCAGUCUACCCAGCGUGCAGUGCCACAGACGCCACCCGGAGCGGCGCGUCGCAGCAUGGGCCGUCUGCUUCGAGCGUCUGCUGCAGGACCCCGUCGGCAUCCGUUACUUCUCAGAGUUUCUGAAGAAGGAGUUCAGUGAGGAGAAUAUCCUGUUCUGGCAAGCAUGUGAAUUUUUCAGCCAUGUUCCAGAAACGGACAAGAAGCAGUUAUCCCAGAAGGCGAGAGAGAUCUACAACAGCUUCCUGUCCAGUAAAGCCACAACGCCAGUCAAUAUCGACAGUCAGGCGCAGCUGGCCGACGACAUCCUCAAUGCUCCACGGCCUGAAAUGUUCAAGGAGCAGCAGCUGCAAAUCUUUAAUCUGAUGAAGUUUGACAGUUACACACGCUUCCUGAAAUCCUUCCUGUAUCAGGAGUGUAUGUUGGCUGAGGUGGAGGGCCGGCCUCUACCAGACCCACACCACAUCCCCAGCAGUCCUACGUCCAAACAUAGCACCAGCUCAGAACGCUCCAACCUCUCCACACCUAAGAAGGAGGAGAAGAAGAGCAAAUCAGUGAAGGCACUCAACGAGGAGUGUAAAGAUGAACAUGGUGAUAAAAAGAAAGGAAGUUUAUUUCCCUGGCCCAGGAACCGAAGUUUUGGGAAAGGACACAAAAAGAAGGAUCUUGGAGAGUACAGCUUUUCGGGCAAUGACGGACGCAGAGAGUCACAGGGUUCUUUAUCUUCUGGCGCGAGUCUGGAGCUCGGCACUUCAGCCCCGGGCAAGAAUGAGGGAGAGGUGUCGCGUAACUCUAUGUCGUUAUCGGAGCGCGCUGUGCGUUACUGUAACAUUAACCUGCCGGACGGGUCCUGUUGCUCAGUACCCAUAAGACCCGGCGUGUCCAUCCGUGAGGUUCUGCUGGGCCUGUGUGAAAAACUCUGCAUCAACCUGGCAGCUGUGGACCUUUUCCUGGUGGGAGGAGAGAAGCCUUUAGUAUUAGACCAGGACUGCAUGACGCUGUGCUCCAGAGACCUGCGACUAGAAAAACGUACAUUAUUCAGGCUGGAUCUGGUGCCCAUAAACCGCUCUGUAGGGCUGAAAGCUAAACCCACCAAGCCUGUGACUGAGGUCCUGAGGCCAGUCGUGGCUAAAUAUGGCCUGCACUUAGGAGACCUGGUAGCCAGGAUUAGUGGGGAGAAGGAGCCACUGGAUCUGGGCCUGCCCAUUUCGAACCUGGAUGGACUCAGAGUGGUGCUGGAGGCAGCUGAACAUGGUGCUGCUAAAGACAAACAGAAACUGACCUUGACAAAAAGCCACGGCCCGCCACUGUCCACACGAAGCCAGUCUGCUACAGCGGAGGACAGAUCAUCAGGAAAGGCUACGACUGUCAAAACCAGGGCCCAGAUGGAAAAGCGAAAACAGAAAAAGCUUAAUAUAGAUGAAGCUGAAGAAUUCUUCGAGCUCAUAUCCAAAGCACAGAGCAACCGAGCUGACGACCAGCGGGGUCUGCUGAACAAAUCUGACCUCGUCUUGCCUGACUUCCUGCGCCUUGACCCUGACACAAGCCCCGGAGACGUCCCUGUAAGCUCCACCCCUGAUCCCUACAAGCCCCGUCCACGUUCCAAAGAGAACGGCUCUGCCCUCAGCGCCAGCCACCAGACACAGAGCUUGGAUUCGGGUGUGGAAGGGCCAGGUGGCCGGAGAGCCUUCAUUCCGCUCCAUAGGAACCCCGCUCCCCGUAAGCAGGCGACGUUUGGCCCCACCCUCUCGCCCAUCUCACACAGUCAUGGCGAUUGGAAGCGAGAGAGUGGGGCCCAGGCACUGGAGGAGGAGGAGCAUGGUACGGACUUGACGCUGGUGGGUGAAGGCGAUAUCGCCAUACCUAACAGCUUGCUCCUCCCUCCAUCCCCUUUGCCCCUCCCUCGCUCCCCAGACCGGCCCCGCCUCCUCAGAGAGGAUGCAUAUCAGGACAGCUGGGCCCAGCCAGGUACCUCUCCUGUGUGACCUGUGCUUUCCCUCUCACGCACUCCCUUCAUGUUCUUCCUGAAGAUCUGCUGUGUGUUUUAUCGAGUGCUGUGGACUUGCUGUUGUUCUCUUUGCCAAACCUCGUCAAAGCCGUGACUCUCCCUUGUAAAUACGUCGCCUUCUAAGAGCACUUUACUGAACUAUUGGAAAAGAGACAUAGAGAUAUAUACAGAUGCUAACUAACAAGCUUUUACUUUCUUUGUUUGAAAGGUUUUGUGUGUCCAGUUACAUUUCAUGGCACACCAACAUGACAGUUGUUUGUCGUUAAGCUUCACUUUUAUAAGAAGCUCAGUACAGAUUACAGUAGACAGUGUGAUUGUCAGUGAGUGGUUAACUUCAAGUGUCUUGCUCUCUCUGGGAGUGCACACACCCUGUCAAUGCCAGAGGAAUUAGAAUUAGCACAAAUACUUAAAUAUGGAGUGGUGAGAAAAUCAAGAACCAUUGCACCACCUCCUGAUUGCACCACCAGGCAAUAUGAGUUUACAGUCAUGAGACAUAAGACCAUAUUGGCUCUCUGAUAUCUUUUUACAAAAUUCAUACAACUACAACGAGUGAUUUCACAUGAAUGAAGUUUGACACUAGCUCUGACUCGUAUCUUUAUAUUAACCCUUCAACCUUUCAGCUUAUUAUUUAGUUCUUUCAAUAACUACAGUGAAACUAAUAGGACUUCUAUGUAGGUAUGAGAUCAAGGAAUAUUGGGAGUGUAACCACUGGAAACUUUAUAUAUAAGCCAUGUUGGAAUAUUAGUAUAAAUUGACACCCAUGAUACCAUGCAGGCUUCCUGCCUUAUGUCAUGACAGGUCUAAACAGGUGCAGAACCAGACCGGUGACAAAGGCUGUCUUCAUGAGUUAUCAUGAAUGUAAAAUCCUAAUCUAAAGUCUGCUUUCGGAGUUAUAAUAACAAGAGGGAGCCUCAGAAACAAGUUUAGUCACCAAAUUCCUGACUUUCACCAUAACUAAAGAAAAGGACUGUUUUAGAAGUUAAAGUUUGACUAGCCAACAGAUACUGUAUUAAUCUUUUCCCAAUGGUGAUGCAAUACAUUAGGGUUGCUCAAAAUUCUAGAAAGAUGCCAAAAUAAAUCAGGGCUGAGGUUCCCACAAGUACUGCAGCCUCGUUCAGUCAAUAAAUGGUUGAACGAGCAUCACAGAUAUAUCGCCUAAACAUGAAAUAUGAAGGUAUAUCAAGGUACAAUUUAGUAACUUCUGUUCCACUUUGCCUCACUGAUGAUCACAUGGCUGACUGCAAUAACGUCACUGCCGUUACUCAUCCUGCAGACGGCCACGAGCCUUCAGCUCACUUUAAAACAUCACCAGUAGCUUCAGUCGUUAGAAAACAGUUCAGGUGAAAAAAAUCAUAUUCGUCGCACCUUUAUGAGGUGAGAUGUAACCAAAUGCAUUUCCCAGUUUUUAUCUGAAUAUAUUCAUCUUAAACUGACAGACACACACACUCACACAGUGGGGUAAACAGCUGCAUAUCCCAUUCAAUUCUGAAUGCUUACAGGAUCUCAGAUUCCCAGUGUGCUAUUCUUUACACUUGUCCAGAUAUCUUCACUCUGUUUCUUUCAACAAGCAAUUCAACAAUGUUUACACAGUUAACAUCCACUCUCUCAUCUUGCAUAUGGUAUUAUGUAAUAUAAUCCCUACAACCUUAAUUUAUCCAAUUUGUGUGCAAAGUAUGUUUUACUAAAUGACAAAGAAAUACUAACUGUGUACAGGUUUUUGCUUGUAUCCGAGAUGCCAGCGUUGUUGAAUUGCCUGCUAUUUUGCUGUAGACGCUGAGAUCCAAUCACAUUUCCUAUAGCAGUUUUGUUGAGAUGACGAUCCACUCCAGUCUGUGCCAUAUCUCUGCAUUUCUGUAUAUACAGUGAAAUAAAUGUUAGAGCGACAUCUUUUGCUCUGAUAUUC